AUGGAGAUCAAAGAGCUUUUCCGCGAUCUUAUUAUUGUUUCCACUUUGUUGCUCGGCGGAUUUUUGAUGUUUUAUAUGGAGUAUGAGCUCAGCAAGGUAAGCCUUUUAUUAUUGUUAGGCUCUCAAAAAUUUUUCUUCAAAAUCUAAAAUUCCAGGUUGCAAUCUACGUGCCAACUACCGGCUGUGCUCCAGGAUCUGGUGUCAAAAUUGAGCCGAUCACAAUUGCACCAUUCACAAAAAUGAUGAUCACUGGACUCAUCUGUUAUGGAGUUUACAGGAACUUUUUCGAGGUUGAUGUUUUCAAUCACGAUGUUGAGCAAGAUUGA